CAAAAGGCUACGUCAUUUUGUGUCAGAAUAACGAUCGUCAUCUUUGUGCUUCGAGUGAAAAACUAAAAUCAUAUAAGAGUUAAUUUCUAUUGUGAACUAAUUUUUCAAAAGUUUCUACAUUUAGUACAUAUUCAUUAAUAAAAAAUGGCCGAAAACAAAAAUCCAGAGGAUUUGGCCACCGCAAUUCUCCGUAAGAAAGAUCGUCCAAAUAGACUUUUGGUUGAAGAAGCAGUUAACGAUGAUAAUUCCGUGGUUGCUUUGUCACAAGCAAAAAUGGAUGAACUACAACUUUUCAGAGGAGACACAGUCUUAUUGAAGGGCAAGCGAAGGAAAGAAACUGUUUGUAUAGUAUUAUCUGACGACACAUGUAGCGACGAAAAAAUUCGUAUGAAUAGAAAUGUUAGAAAUAAUUUAAGAGUUAGGCUAUCAGAUGUAGUUUCUAUCCAAGCUUGCCCUGAUGUAAAGUAUGGCAAGAGAAUUCAUGUACUUCCCAUAGAUGAUACAGUGGAAGGACUUACAGGAAAUCUCUUUGAAGUAUACCUGAAACCCUACUUUCUGGAGGCCUAUCGACCAAUACACAAAGAUGACGUAUUCGUUGUACGUGGAGGAAUGAGAGCCGUUGAAUUCAAAGUCGUCGAGACAGAUCCCGCUCCGUACUGCAUAGUGGCUCCAGAUACAGUCAUUCAUUGUGAUGGAGAUCCAAUCAAGCGCGAAGAGGAAGAAGAAGCUCUUAACGCUGUUGGAUACGACGACAUCGGAGGUUGUAGAAAACAGCUCGCUCAAAUCAAAGAAAUGGUAGAGUUACCACUGAGACAUCCCAGUCUUUUCAAGGCUAUUGGAGUUAAACCACCUAGAGGUAUCUUACUGUACGGUCCACCGGGUACUGGUAAGACACUCAUUGCACGUGCAGUAGCCAACGAAACAGGAGCUUUCUUCUUCUUGAUUAAUGGUCCUGAAAUUAUGAGCAAAUUGGCCGGUGAAUCCGAAAGCAAUCUUCGUAAAGCCUUUGAGGAAGCCGACAAGAACUCCCCAGCUAUUAUUUUCAUUGAUGAAUUGGAUGCUAUCGCUCCCAAAAGAGAGAAAACACACGGAGAGGUUGAACGUCGUAUAGUAUCCCAACUUUUAACUUUGAUGGACGGUAUGAAGAAGAGUUCCCACGUUAUCGUUAUGGCCGCUACUAACAGACCAAACUCAAUCGAUCCAGCUUUACGUAGAUUCGGAAGAUUCGACAGGGAAAUCGAUAUUGGAAUUCCAGAUGCAACUGGCAGACUUGAAGUUUUACGUAUUCAUACCAAGAACAUGAAAUUGGCCGAUGAUGUCGACUUGGAACAGAUCGCUGCGGAAACUCAUGGUCACGUAGGUGCCGAUUUAGCUUCGCUAUGUUCGGAAGCAGCCCUUCAACAAAUUAGAGAAAAAAUGGACCUCAUUGACCUCGAAGACGACCAAAUUGACGCAGAAGUCCUAAACUCACUGGCAGUUACCAUGGAAAACUUCCGUUACGCCAUGACGAAGAGCAGCCCAAGUGCUUUACGUGAGACCAUAGUAGAAGUGCCAAACGUCACUUGGGACGAUAUCGGAGGAUUGGCUAAUGUCAAGAAAGAAUUGCAAGAAUUGGUGCAAUAUCCAGUUGAACAUCCAGACAAGUUCCUUAAGUUCGGUAUGCAGCCGUCCAGAGGAGUGUUGUUCUAUGGACCGCCUGGUUGCGGUAAAACGUUAUUAGCGAAGGCUAUUGCCAAUGAAUGCCAAGCCAACUUUAUCUCAGUUAAAGGACCAGAGUUGCUUACUAUGUGGUUUGGUGAAUCUGAAGCAAACGUCAGAGAUAUCUUCGACAAGGCUCGAUCUGCAGCACCUUGUGUACUAUUCUUCGACGAAUUAGAUUCAAUUGCUAAAUCGCGUGGUGGAAAUGUAGGUGACGCCGGUGGUGCAGCCGACAGAGUUAUUAAUCAAAUUCUAACAGAAAUGGACGGUAUGGGAGCCAAAAAGAAUGUGUUUAUUAUCGGUGCUACAAACAGGCCAGAUAUUAUCGAUCCUGCAAUAUUGCGUCCAGGUCGUCUCGAUCAGUUGAUCUACAUCCCUCUGCCCGACGAGAAAUCUAGAGAAGCAAUCUUCAAAGCCAACUUGAGGAAAUCGCCUGUAGCCAAAGACGUAGAUCUUGUAUACAUCGCUAAAGUAACUCAUGGUUUUUCUGGUGCCGAUUUGACUGAAAUCUGCCAGAGAGCUUGCAAACUUGCCAUCAGGCAAAGCAUCGAAACCGAAAUUAGGAGGGAAAGAGAAAGGGCAUUGAAUCCCAAUGUUGCUAUGGAUUUGGACGAUGACGAUCCAGUCCCAGAAAUUACCAGGGCUCACUUCGAGGAGGCCAUGCGUUUCGCCAGACGUUCCGUUUCAGACAACGACAUCAGAAAAUAUGAGAUGUUCGCCCAGACCUUGCAGCAAUCUCGCGGAUUCGGUACCAACUUCCGUUUCCCGACAGCAGCCGGUGGACCUGCAGCUCCCGGAGGCACCGCAGGGGAUCAGGCCAACUUCCAGGACGAUCCUGAAGAUGAUCUGUAUAGUUAAAUGUUUCAGGUGGGCUCAAUAAGCACCAACUUUCAAUUUUAUUUUUCAUUUUUGUAUUUAUUUACAGUAACUCCUCAGUUUGCUAACAAUAUUACAUUGUUAAGGCAUUCAUAUGUUGUUUAAUAUAAUAGUUUUGGAAUAUAAUUACAAGUUUGUCUAA